GAGGACAGCAGGUACCAGUUAUGUCUACUUUCCAGCAACGUCCUGCAGCUAAGUAGCUUAAGUUUAUGACUUUACAUUGUCACCUGCUAGGUGCUGAAACCCGUGUUUACCUCGCGGCGAUAGAAGCGAGCAGGAGAAUGAUGGAUCUCCGGGCCUGUAUGUCUUUCGUGUGCUUAAAAACACGAAUGAAAGAAUGAGGUCAAGUUGAGCUGUUAUACCAGUCAAACGUCGGAUUGUCAUACUUGGCCGCAAACUGACCCAGGCUCGGGACCCAAACCAAUGCUCCGAGCCCAGGCAGACCCCAGGGUGGGUGCCCAGGAGGAGAGCUUCUGGCUGGGGAAGGCUGUGGAGUGGGGCCAGGCCAAGAGCCCAGAGUCCCAGAGAGACACCUGCCUCCACCUGGCCAGACUAAGGGCGUUCCUCCACACUGUCCUCGCUCGCAUCAACGCGACGAGCUCCACCAGUGAGACCAUGCGCCGGAUGCCGUUCGUAGGCCAGUUCCUGGGGAGGUUGUGCUGGAACUGCUACGUCACUGCUGACGAUGAAAGCCGCAGGCUGCUGUUCUCCUGUCUUUGGAGUCUGUACUCAGAGGAACCUGCCGAUGCUGUGGAGAGGAAAGCCAACCAGUGGAUUCAGAAUGUGCUGUGUCAACUAGCCACUGAAGGACAGGAGGAGAGCGCCGCGCACGCGCUGGUGAAACAAAUGGGCAUCCCGCUGAACUUGUACCACGUCGAGGUCCUGAAAAAGAUGGUGUCUGUGUUGGUGAAGAAGUGUGAGGCUAGCUGCAGCUGUCUGGAUAAUCCUACAGAGAGUCGGACUGGGAGAGCAGGGCCAUCGUUUCUGUGUUCUGCGCGGCGGCGCGUCGGCGAGACCGGAUUCACUCUCGAAAGGUUCUCGUCUCUCCGCAGGUGCUCCAACGACAUCGUCCCCUCCGCCUCGGUAGCCUGCGUUCCCCUGGUCACGUGUCCCGAGGCAGCCCCUCUGAUUGGUGCUCUGCUGAGGCGCCCGCUCACCUGUCACAGGGCGGCUCUCAGCCCCGACUUCCUGGAUGCCGUCGGCUCCGCCUACGCCAGGAGGCGUGUGUGCCUGGAGGACCAGGCCCUGGUGUGUCUGUGGUGCCGCAGCCUGGGCUGUCUGGAGGGGGAAGCGGUGGGCCUGGUGGAGUCUGCUGUCAGCAGCACACACACAACACGGCAGAGCCUGGACACGCUCAUAUCCAGCUCUGUGUUGCCAAAGGCCUGCGCCAAACAUUGUUCGAUGUUCCUCAUCGUCAGUGACGUCUUCAGGUCUAUGCUGAGGGAGGUUGAGGGGAACCAGAAUCUGUUGUCUCUGGUUCACACUUUCACCUGCUGCCUCCGCAGGGAGAGGGCGGUACUGCAGCCCCAGGAGUGUGUGUCCUUGAAGGCCUUCUUCCCACGCACCCCUCAAAGAUUACUGGCACCUCUUCUGACACUUCCCACAGAGAUGCCCCGGGGGGCGUGGCCAGACCACCUGGGCUGGCUGACUCGCUCGCUCCAGCAAGUCAUCGAAGAGGAGGAGGAGGAGGGGGGAGACGAAGAGGAAGGCUCCAGGGGGCGCUGUGGCGUGUUUGAGGCCUGGUUCCUGCUGGUGCAGUGCGCCUGCUGGGUGGAGGUGGCUGUGGAGCUGCUGGUCUCCGCCGGAGCCGAGGACCGUGGAGCUCUGCUGUGGCUGCUCACGUUCUACCAUCACCCCACCUCCAGGGGGCACCGUAGGACACUACAACUGUCGUCAGCUGGAGAGGCCUUGGACUACCUGAGGUCUCUCUUCCUGGUUAUGGCUCCUCCCCUUCCUGCUGACCAACUGAAGGCUUUCGCCGAGCUCUUGUUGGCCCGCCCCCAGCUGCCGCCCCCCCUUGCCCCGCUAUUGGUCCUCAGCCUCCUGGUCAACUUUGCAGUGUUCUCCCACAAUCCCUUGAGUGGGGCAAGUGAGAUGGUACGCAUGGUGGUGGAACCAUCUGGUCUCAGGCAAAAAGCAGAGUAUAUUCUCAGCUCCAUAGAGGCCAGACUAAACACAGGCUCCUCCGGACUCCCAGACAGAGUUCAGACCAGGAUCAGGUGUCUCCAGGACACACUCCACCACGCACUCACGGAGGAGACCCAGACCUAGUCUCUCUCUCUCUCUUUCUCCCUUCUGGAGACCACGCCCUGACAGGACAGAACUCACACAGGCAGAGGCUCGUAAAAUGUGUCCUCAGCCUCCCGCCCCGUUAAACUGCCUCACGUCACAUACCUCACGCGAAACACUCUCUCUCACACACACACAAGUGGUGACGUGUAGAAUGUGGCCCAGUUCACCACCUCAGUACAUUUCAGUGUUUUCAUGUACUCUCAGAUUUUGUAGAAAUCCAGUAAAAAGUUAUAUGAAUGCACACAUACAGAAUAUGUUCUAUCUGUAAAUAGUAUGGUGUUGUACAGUUCUCACUGUACAACUUGUGUAACUGUGCUGUUCCUUUAUGGAACAUUUCAACAAAAUGUAUUUGUAAAAGUAAAAAAAAAAACUCAGCAGAAUGUGUAUUCUUGAAUAUUCCUUUUUAUUACCAAAUUAAAAUAAACAUAAUAU